CCUUCGCUCCCGCGCUCUCCAGGAGCGGAGACAGCUGGAAAAGAAGCCGGAGAAAUAGGCUCCCGAACUGAAGAAAUACCCCGGGCUCCCUACUCCCUUCUCCAGUCCUCACCAUCUUCUUCUCUUGGAAAGAGCUGGACAGAUCUUCUUCAAGAGGAGCUACGCGUUGCCGACUCCCGGGCUCGGGGGUUCAAGACGCAGCUCUUGGUCCCGGCUGGGAGCUGAGCUGUCCAGCCUGAAGACCUGAUACCCCUCUGAUUAUCCUGUUGUCACUGGUGUCAUUCGUGUCAUCACAGAGACCUGAGCUCUUCAGAAAUAACCAGAAAACAACCUCUCAGGAAGGUGGAAUAUGUCCCUCCCCCUCCCACUCAUUCUGCUUCUCCUGAUAAUUCUGUCUGAAAUUAUCCUGAAUUGAAGAUUCACCUUUAACCCAAUAUUAGUGUUGAUUUAAUCAGCCAGAUGGACAAGUGCUAAACGGUUAUGCAAAGUUAUUGAGGAAAAUGAAGAGCUCACACCCAGUUUUUGCAAACACACUUCACAUGAAGAUUGAACUUCUUUAAAGAAAGAUAACCAAUUAGCACCAAAAUGAAUUACACAUUGUUUCCCUCUUUUUUCAAUGAAUCAUUUCUUAACCAUACAGACACCCACCCCCCAUAUGCACCCAUUGAAGAGAAUAAAUGCCGUGUACCAGUAACCAUGGUAUUUACAAUGGCAUUAGCUUAUGGCAUUGUCAUACUUCUGGGGGUCUCUGGAAAUCUGGCCUUGAUAGGAAUCAUUCUAAAGCAAAAGGAACUGAGAAAUGUGACCAACAUUCUGAUUGUUAAUCUGUCCCUUUCUGACCUUCUGGUAUCAUUUGUAUGUCUGCCCUUCACUUUUGUCUACACAUUAAUGGAUCACUGGAUCUUUGGUGAGGCCAUGUGCAAACUAAAUCCUUUUGUGCAAUGUGUCUCAAUCACUGUCUCCAUUUUCUCUCUGGUUCUCAUUGCCUUGGAACGCCAUCAGCUUAUAGUCAACCCCCGAGGAUGGAGACCAUCUAAUAUCCAUGCAUUUUUAGCAGUUGCCCUGAUCUGGUUCCUCUCUGUGGCUGCCUCCCUGCCUUUUGUGAUUUAUCAGGUGCUGACUGAUGAGCCAUUCCACAAUGUCACUGUCCCAACCUUCAAGGACAAGUAUGUUUGUUUCGAUCUGUUCCCUUCUAAUGUGCACAGGCUAUCUUACACCACUAUUCUCUUGGUGCUGCAGUACUUUGGGCCUCUGGUGUUCAUUCUUGUCUGCUACCUCAAGAUCUACAUACGACUGAAGAAGAGGAAUGACAUGAUGGACAGGAUCAGAGAGAACAAGCAUAGAGCCCAAGAAGCCCGGCGGAUCAACGUGAUGCUUUUCUCCAUUGUGGUGGCCUUUGCCAUCUGCUGGAUGCCCCUGACCAUCUUUAACACGGUGUUUGACUGGAACCACAAGUUGAUCUCCAUCUGCCACCACAACCUGCUGUUCCUCCUGUGCCACCUGACGGCGAUGAUUUCCACCUGUGUCAACCCUGUCUUCUAUGGGUUCCUUAACAAGAAUUUCCAGAAAGAUUUGCAGGCUCUCUUUCGCUUCUGUGAUUUCAGGUCCCGUAAUGAAGACUACGAGACCAUUGCGAUGUCCACCAUGAAUACAGAUGACUCCAAGACAGCUCAUAGGCAAGCCGGUGGUGAGGCCUCCCAGGCUCCUGGGGAGGAUGAAGAAGUCUGAAGAGGAUCUGAAGUGGGUGAGGGUUACAGAACCCAGGUGACAGCUGUUUUAACACCAAGCACAACCUGUCACACAAUUCUGUAACCCUCUCCUCCUCUAGGAUGUAUGGCUUUGCCUGGAUUGUCUUGCUGUUUUUAGUUGUGGCUUUGAUUGCAGUAAGAUCAAAAUGUACAGACUUUGGAUUUACUUGUGUCAGCUGUUUCUAUCCAAAGUCUCAAUACUUACAGUUGUAUAACAUAUUUGUGAAACAAAUAUAGGAAUAUAUAAGACAUAGAUUACAUUUACUUCAAUGGAAUAUUUAACAAAAACUUGACUAUCAGCAUAUAUACUAAUCAUAUACUACUUUCAUUAGUGAUUCUGCACCCUGUAAAGGAGAGAAGGACAGCCAAACUAAAAAGAGUCCAUUGACUUUGGAACCAUAUAAAGUAGACUACUGCAGAGGAGAUACAAAAUCAGCAUUCAUAAUGUGAAGGGUUUUUUGUUUGUUUGUUUUCAGGAGAGAGAUUAUUUCUUGCCAGUUCAGACUGGUCUUAGUACCCACCUAAAUAUCCAUGACUUUAAGAGAAGAUUUAAUUUGCCACUAAUUGAUUAGAACUUGAUGUAACAUUGCAUGUAAAAGAAAACAAAAAUCAUUUCUCAGCUGUUAGCCUAGAAAAUUAGGACAUAAACAUAUUAAAUGGAAAGCUGUUUCCAUGACUCAAGACUAUUUUGGAACAUGACUAUAAAACCUCUUCAGAGUAAUUAGAAUAAUAUCUAAAUUAUUGUAACUACAAAUAAUAUACAAGCAUAUACAUUUGAAUGGAAGAUAUUUCCUCCGGUAGAACCUAUUUGGUAUUUGCUAAAAAGCCUAGAAUGUUACAAAAUUAUAUGAAAGGGUGCCUAUAUUACAUCGAAACAUCAAAUAUCAUGUAACACUAAGGGACAAGUAAAGGACCCCUGAUACAGCAAUUCAAUUGAGGGUAUAUGAUAAAUAGAUAACAUCCAUAGAAAUUUAUUACAUCUUGCGUGCACUUAUAAACAAUAUAUUCUAUUGAAUGUUAAAGUGACUAUGUUAACAACUGAUAAGUAUAUAUACUUAGUACAUGUAUAUCCAACUAAUAUAUACCUAAUUUAUGCAUCUCUGUGUUGGAAUGAUUAUUAAAACUAAGAAAUAAAGAAUCUAAGAAACUAGUACACCAAGAAACUAAGAAACAUUUACUUGGGAGAACAUAUGUCCUAAGUUAAUUCUAUAGCCAACCUAUGAAACAUCAGAGUGUUUGGUUUGAAAACCUUGGACAGUUCUUCUAAUAAAAUUGGUGUUGCAUUGA